AGUUCCUCGAGUUAUUUGUCAGACCAUUCGAAUUAGAAAUUUUUGACACCAGCUACAAGGAAGCUUAAGGGGCCGUGAAUACUUUUACAAUGAGCUUCGAUCUUCUGAUUGUACUGGCUUUACAGAUAACAAUUUUAUCAACGCUAUCUUGGGCUCAGAUAGAAACUGCUUCACCUAAUCUGCCAAGAAGAGCAACGCCAAGACCAGGUUCACCAGCUUCAACAAUAUUAUCUGAUGUUCUACCAAAGACGACAACACCAACAUCUGUGCCUUCGGGUACCACACCAUCACCCGUGCAAACAACCGUUCCAUUAGAUUCAACGACGCCAUCACCCGCUGUGUCAGAAACCGGAUCAACGACAACUGCUUCAGUUGAUUCAACAAUAUCAUUAGCUGUUCUGCCAGAAAGAACGACGCCAGCAUCCGCCCCAGUGGGUUUAACAACAUCAACUGUUGUGUCAGAAAUGAGAAAACCAACAUCUUCUCCUGUUGAUUCGACAACACCAUCGCCUGUUGUACCAGAAACCACAACGCUAACGUCUGCUCAGGUAGAUUCAGCAACACCAUCAGUUCUUCUGCCAACGUCAACAGCAACAAAAAGCUACAUUCUAUCUGAUUCAAAAUCCCAAUCACCUACCGUGACGGUCACAUCAACCUCAUCAUAUCAAGUUAUUCCAACAACACCUUCAGCUGUUGUACCAAAAGUUACAACACCAACCUCUCUUUCAAAAACCUCAGCAACGCAAUCAGCUGUUGCGCCAAACAUAACAACGUCAACAUCUGCUCCAGAAGAAACAACCACAACACGACCUGUUUUGCCACAAACAGCAACACCAAUGCCUCUACCAUUAAAUUCAACAAUUUCAGCCAUUGUGCCUGGUUCAACAACGCCAGCAACUGAUCCUUCCGUUGUGCAGCAAACAACAAGAUCAACAUUCGCGCCAUUCAAUUCAACAACACCAUCAACAGUAGCUCCAGGAAAAAUAACUCCAUCAUCUGCACCACCGGAAUCGACAAUCCCUUUUGAACCGAAACCGACAACUCUAACAUCUCUUCCUGUAAAUUCAACAACAUCGAUGAAUGCGCCAAAAACAAUAACACAAACUUCUGUUCCAUCAAAGUCCACUUCACCGUUAUCUGCAAUUCCAGAAACAACAGCACCACCUGCUCCAGUCAAUUCAACAUCACAAUACGCUAUGAUGACAGAUACAACAGCAUCAAUAUCUGUCCUAGUUGAUUCAACAACGCCAUCAGCUGUGGUGACAGAAACAACAACGUCGACAUCUGUUCCAUCAAAUUCAACUACUCCCUCACCUGUAAUUCCAGAAUCAACCAAACCAAUAUCUGUUCUAGUUGAUUCCAAAACAUCAUCACUAGCUGUUUCAAAAACAGCCACACCAUCAGUUGUGGUGACAGGAACAGCGACGCCAUCAUCUUUUCCAGCUGAGUCAUCAACAAAUUCACCUGUCAGUAUUUUGCCAGAAACAGUAGUGCCAACAUAUGCUUCAUCAGAUUCAUCAACGAUGUCAGCUGUCUUAAUUCAAACAGCAACAGCAACAACCUUAACUCCUCCAUCAGAUUCAACAAUACCAUCAGCUUCUAUGACAGGAACAACAAAACAAACAUCUGUUCCGAUAAAUUCAGCAACAUCCAUUACGGUUGUUCCAAAAUCAACAGCACCAAAAUCUGAUUCAACAACGCCAUCAGAAGUGGUACCAGAAACAUCAAUACCAAAUACAAGAUCAGCUGUUGUGUCACAAACACUGACAUUUACAUCUCUUUCAUCAAAUUCAACAACAAUAUUAGUUGUACCAGAAACAAUUGCUACCUCUUCUCAAGUGGAUUCAGCAGCUGCAUCAACUGUUCUGUUGAAUGCGACAUCACCAACACCUCUUCCGUCGGACUCAGUCACGUCAAUAUCAGCGCCUGUUGUUCUUGAAACAAAAGCACCAGCAUCUUCUCGAUCGUAUUCGACAACAACAACGCCUGAAGCGCCAAAAACAUCAACGCCAACAUCUUAUCCAGUCGAUUCAACGACAGCAUCACUCUUUGUACCAGCAACAGCUUCACUAACAUCUGUUUCAUCAAUUUCAAGAGCACAACCGUCAGCACCUGUUGUUCUUGAAACAAAAGCACCAGCAUCUUCUCGAUCGGAUUCCACGACCACAUCGCCUGAAGCGCCAAAAACAUCAACGCCAACAUCUUAUCCAGUCGAUUCAACGACAGCAUCACUCUUUGUACCAGCAACAGCUUCACUAACAUCUGUUUCAUCAAUUUCAAGAGCACAACCGUCAGCACCUGUUGUUCUUGAAACAAAAGCACCAGCAUCUUCUCGAUCGGAUUCCACGACCACAUCGCCUGAAGCGCCAAAAACAUCAACGCCAACAUCUUAUCCAGUCGAUUCAACGACAGCAUCACUCUUUGUACCAGCAACAGCUUCACUAACAUCUGUUUCAUCAAUUUCAAGAGCACAACCGUCAGCNUGCCAUAAAGCCGCAUGUUCAUAA